AUGUACGGAUUGUCUGAGGACUUUGCGGCAUCGCGGCGGGGCCUCUGUUCUCUCGGGCCUGGACCGGUACGGCGAUACUCAAACUCGGGUCAAGCCAUUCAAUCUCCUUCGCCGCACUCCUUCCGAAAGCGACACCUUGCUACAGUCGCGGAGGCUUCUCAACGAGGCCCUCUUGAGGAAUAUGACGAGCGAGUGCAGACCAAACGGUUACGGGAUGACGAACAUCAGAGAUCCUUGAUUGAGCAUCUACAAGAUCUACACGAUACGUUACGAGACUACAAGCCUCCGCAGGUGGUACAUCCCGAAGUCGACGAUCUGCAGCCUGCGAAGAAGAGCCUAUUUGGAUCCUUGUUCGGCGCUGCGAAGAAGAAAAAGGCCAUUGGCGAGAUACCCGAAGACCUUCCAAAGGGCUUGUACAUGUACGGCGACGUCGGGUCGGGAAAGACAAUGUUGAUGGAUUUAUUCUACGAGACGCUGCCUCCGAACAUCACGUCGAAACUGCGCAUUCAUUUCCACAAUUUCAUGCAGGACGUCCACAAGAGGCUGCACAAGGUUCGCAUGCAGUAUGGCAACGACUUUGACGCGGUGCCAUUUGUCGCCGCGGACCUGGCCGAGACGGCCCAGGUCUUGUGCUUUGACGAAUUCCAGUGCACCGAUGUGGCGGACGCCAUGAUCCUGCGUAGGCUGCUGGAGUCGCUCAUGUCCCAUGGCGUCGUGUUGGUUACCACGUCGAAUAGGCACCCGGACGAUCUGUACAAGAACGGCAUCCAGCGGCAGUCGUUCAUCCCGUGUAUCAAUCUUUUGAAGAACAAGCUCAAGGUCAUCAAUCUGGACUCGCAGACGGAUUAUCGAAAACUUCCGCGUCCACCAUCGGGGGUGUAUCAUCACCCGCUUGACCGUGCGGCUGUCUCACACGCGAAGAAGUGGUUCAAUUUCCUGGGUGAUCCGGAAAACGACCCUCCACACCCGGCCAGCAUCACGGUCUGGGGUCGCGAAGUCGAGAUCCCAGAGGUGUCGGGACGUGCGGCCAAGUUCACAUUCCACCAACUCAUUGGACGGGCGACCGGUGCAGCAGAUUACAUUGAGAUGAUGCGCAGUUUCGACGCGUUCAUCGUGACGGACGUUCCUGGCAUGACGCACCGUGAGCGGGACUGGGCACGUCGCUUCAUCACCUUUAUCGACGCUGUGUACGAAUCGCAUGCGAAACUCGUCUUGACUACGGCGGUGCCCCUGUCGCAAUUGUUCUUGAGCAAGACGGAACUCGACGAGAGCCUGGAGAGCGUGACGAAGAAAGUAGACAAGGACGACAAAUCGGUCGACAAGCAUGAUAAGAAGGUCGCGGCGCAAGCAAAGGCCUCUGACACCGAAGGUGAGGGGGCUGAUGUCGAUGAUGUGAUGCGUAACUUGAUGGAUGAUUUGGGCUUGAGUAUGAGUAUGCUCAAGCAGAGCAGUUUGUUCAGCGGUGAUGAAGAGAGGUUCGCUUUUGCCAGGGCUUUGAGUCGACUGAGCGAAAUGGGAAGUCAAGAAUGGGUCGAGCGUGGAAUGGGACUGGAGAAGCGUGGUGGCUUGAAUGAGAAGGAGAGCUGGCAGCGAGUGAGAUCGAGAUGGAGGGAAGAUAGUUUAUGA